AUGGCUGCCCCAGGACGCGAAGUUAACCUACCCACACUUGCCCGCCAUCUCGUCGAGAACGGCCCACACAAAACGCUCCCAACACCACGACGCGUGAGAAUCCUCAUCAACGGCGCUUGCAUUGCAGACACCCUCAACACAGGAGGAGCUCUGUUUGUCUGGGAGCACCCAUACUAUCCACAGCUUUAUGUUCCGAAAUCUGCUCUGCUUGAAAAUGUCAAAGGCUAUACUAUCGUCUAUGAAAACCAUCGAGAUGUCAAGGAUACUCAUGAUAAACCUAUUGCACAAACACUCAAAGUCAAAGUAACCCGCAACUCAGACAACAGCAUGAAAGAGGUCAAAGAUGGCUUCAUGGUCUUUCGCGACGAUCUCCCUGAGCGAGCCUCUCCACUCAACAACAUGCUCAAAGUCAACUUCAGCUGUGCAGACAAAUGGCUCGAAGAAGACACACCCAUGUUCGUCCACCCAAAAGACCCCUUCAAACGCAUCGACAUCCUGCACUGCUCGCGCCCCCUACGUGUCUCGCUCAACAACACCGUCAUCGCAAACUCCCCCUUCAGUCUCCAACUCCACGAGACUGGUCUUCGCGUGCGCUACUACGUUCCUCUAUCCUCCGUCGAUACCUCGGUAUUGCGUCCCAGUCAGACCACUACGCAGUGUCCGUAUAAAGGAACAGCAGAGUACUAUGAUGUAGUUGUGGGUGGUGAGACUUACAAGGACGUAGUCUGGUUCUAUACGCAGCCCACGGUGGAGUGCGCGGCUAUUGCUGGGUUGUGCUGUUUCUAUAAUGAGAAGGUUGAUAUGCAGAUCCAGAAUGGGGAUGAGUGGCAUAAAGCUUAG